AUGGCUUUCCACCAAAGAUCGAUAAGUUUGCCUUCUAGGCCUCACGUCAGUGAGACCGAAGUCGAGCAAGAGCUCCACUGCCUAGAAGCAAGCAUCUCUUCCUCCAAUUCCAUCGGCACGAUGUGCGAUGGUCUCAGGAGUCUUGCAAGCCUCUACGAUGGUCUUGAAGAGAUCAUUUGCCUACCAAGCAACCAAGCUUGCUCCUCCCAGCAGAGGAACAUGUUGGAUGGGGAGAUGGAAUGCUCCAUUGAGCUGUUAGAUCUCUGA